CAACUCUCGUGUUUGUUGUGGUUGUUCUGCAGCGUUGGUGAACUAGUAAUGAAUGGCUAGUCAUCACAGCAAGCUAUGAGCUCUGUACUUAACAAAAUGGAGCCGUUGCCGGCGUCCUACUAUGGAAAGAUUGACAAGAAAAACCCCGUCAUAUCAGCUUUCGACGGGGAGAUAAAAGAGUUCAAGUCAUGCAUCAAACGCAUGAAGGACUCCCCAAAGUUCGACCAGAGCACCUAUGUGCGAGGGUCGAAGCUGCUGUUUGACAUAUGGAACAAGUACCGGCCUCGGCUGCCAGCUAAUUAUUAUGACCACCAUGUUCUGCAAAUGGCCGAUUUUCUCUUUUCGAACAAGCUGUACCACCUGGCCCAGUGGCAGGGCUAUGACCGCUACCUGUGUGAGCACGGCAAUGUCCGAGUGGACAACAUCAGAGAUAUCCACCACUUCAAGAGCCUGCUGUUCCCCGAAGGAUGCACCAACGACCAAGCCAAGCUCACGCUGCGUGCGUUGCAGGGCCAGUGUGUGUGUCUGUUCCACCUGGAGAGGGCCAGGGGAAGGGACCCCGGGCUGCACACGGUCCACAAGAUGCUCUCUCUCCUGGGCUUCCUACGCACCAUGAUGCAGGCCCUACUGCCACACGAGGACCUCUGCUGGAUGGUGUAUAACGGGUCCCUGUACAUCUAUGACAUCUGCAAAUACUUGAUGGGAGCCAGUAGACAUGCACAGGCUCUAGAGUUCCUCUUGUGGUCGUGUUUGUGUUUUGAGAUGUGUAUUCCGCUGGCGUCUCCUCGUUUCCUGUCCUGGAGGAGUUCUCUCUACUGCGCUGCAUCCCAGUGCUACUACGAAGGACAGAACCCACUACAGGGAGAGGUGUUUGCGCGGCGUGCCCUGAUGAAGGUAACGGAGCUGGCUGCUCAGCACGACCCCCUCAGUGUUGCCGAACACGCAGCUUUCAAGGAGGCCGCCAUUAAGUUGGCCACUAUGGUGUUCAAGAGGAGUGUGUAUGAGCCGCGCAGGAAGCCGAAGAGCUCAUUCAGACCCAAGACCAAGAACUGCCUCAAGGAAGCAUCUAAUAUGCCGUGGCCGCGUAACCACUCAGAGCGUAUCUUGUGUGAGCUGUUUGACAGUAACGCUGCCCAGUUCCUGGCGGUGCUGGAGGGUUUGUGGGACUCCACACGGCGCCCCCUACAGACCGGAGGACCGGAGGAGCCCGAACUCAUGGACGUGGCCCUGGAGCUCAUGGCAGCCGGAGUUAGCCUGCUGUCGGGUGUGGGCGGGUCCACGGAGCUCCAGAGGAACGACAGCCUUCCUGUGUGUCUGAACGCCAUCUCAGCUGACGUUGACCUUCUGGAGGUCGCCGUGGAGGGGGGCAACCUGAUCUCGGUGUCUGCUGCUGUGCGGUUUGUGAAGCUGCUGUUUCGCUACGAGCAGUGGGACAUGUUCAAGUACCUCUCCAGCCACCUCAUCGCCGUACUGCAGGCCAAGGAGGGGGCCUCUAUUCGCAGUGCGGAGGCGGAGCUGAGUCUUCUAUGUUCCAUGGACAACCUGCUGACCGCUCAGAAGACACGACAACCACACAGAGACAACUCUUCAGACGACCCUCAAGAUCGUGAGCGGUCUCUGGGCUCCUUGGGCAUGAGUGCAGAGACGAUGGAGGUCAUCGAGGUUCUACACAAGGCUGUCUGUGGCACCCCCGAGUCUCCAGGUGUGUCUCCUGAUGCGGACCUGGUUCUGGACGUGGUGCUGUACCUGUGGGGCAGGUGUAAGCUGGUGUUCCAGAAGACUCCGGCGCGAUUCUGGGAGUCGUCACGACACAUGAGCCGCACAGACAGCCAGGACAAGUGGGUGAAGGCCCUGUUUCUCCUGAAUGAGGUGGCGGAGGUGUGUAACCUGCCCCUGAUAGACCCUUGGGUGAAGGCCCUGUUCCUCCUGAAUGAGGUGGCGGAGGUGUGUGACCUGGCGCUGAUAGACCCUGUGUGUGUCGGGGAGAUGACCCUUCGCCUGGCUCUGGUGCUGGAGAACAGCAUCGAUAACGCACUCAGUAAUGCCAGCGACUCAGUCACUCCAGAGAGCAGCAGUGUGUCCAGUCUCACAGACAAGCCCAGCAUCUCUCUUCUCAAGUUCCCAGCAGAGCAGCAGUUGCAGCUGUUGUAUGACGUGUUGGAGAGAGGGCUGGCUGCAGUGUGUGACGGGAACACCAAACUCUUACCCUGUGAUGGAACACACACAUGUGACAUGGCUUACAUGCAGAAGUAUAUAGGUCCUGGUCGGGUCCCUGAGGGGGCAGGUGCAGGUGUUUCUGGAGGCCCCUCCUACUCAGGUGUUGGCCCCUCCUACUCAGGUGCUGGCCCCUCCUACGCCCUCUCCAUGGACAUCCAGGUGGAGCUGCAGGCCUCCCUGCACAGAGCAGCACUCAAACUGGCCAUGCACACUAGCCAAACAGCUACACUGCACCGAGCAGCACUCAAACUGGCCAUGCACACCAACCACACAGAGUGUGUGAUUGAGGAGCGGAUCAAGAAGAACAAGGUGUCCAGAGCGCUGUACCUGAUGCAGAAAGCCCUGCUGCUGCACAAGACACACACCACCUGCAGCCAGCACCUACUGGAGGAGGCGCAGGGCCUACUGGAGAAGGCAGAGGUGGAGGAGAGGAGGCUGUUUCAGACCUGUGGAGCGGGGAGGAAGGAGCAGACGGGAGGAGGAGGAGGAGGAGCAGGAGGAGGAGGAGGAGGAGAGAGGGGCAGCAAGGGGCCCCCUCCCCCCAUCCUGCUCGCCCGCACCAACCACUCCAUGACCUUCACCCCCGCACCCUACAGCCUGGAGGAACAGGUGUGCUGGUACCAGAUCUUGGGGCGAGAGGCGGAUGGCAUCAACCUGAAAGUGCGGCUGGGAGACUGCCAGAUACUGGGCACCGGCAUCAUGGUUCCGUCUAGAGGUGAGCGUGUGUUCCGCGUGGACGGGCUGCAUCAGAACCAGAAGUAUGUGUUUGCGGUGGCGGCCUACGACGGCCAGGGCCGGCUGGUGGGGCACGGCAUCGGGGACACCGGCAGACCCUUACUGGCCUCCGCACCCCUGGCACUGCUCACCGCAUGGGCACACCUGGCACAGGGGGCUGCACCCAAAAACCAGAAGUACGUGUUUGGGGUUUGGCGGCGUACGCCGGCCCGGGGGCCGGCUGGUGGGGAAAACGGCAAUCGGGGACCCGGGGAGACCCCUACUGGCCUCCGCACCCCGGCCCACGGGCUCCCCGGGAUGGGCACACCUGGCACGGGUAGGCAUUAUAUCCCUGGGCGGGGGCCAGGUGGCAUUAUUUCCCUGGACAGAAAGCUAUGCAGUAAAUACCUGGCCUCUGCACCCCUGGCACUGCUCCCCGGCGAUGGGCACCCCGGCCACGGGUUGUGUGUGGAGUUGCUCCAGCUGACGUCUCCUGUGCUGCAUCAGCUCUUCUUCUCCUCCAUCUUCAUGCAGACUGAGAUACACGCCCAGGAGGGGGCGCUACACUGCGACGUCGUCUGCGACCAGGGACCCCCCAUUUGGGGACAGCAAGCGCGGCUGGCGGAGUGUGAGCGUCUGCUGGUGGCGCUGGAUCUGGCCCUGUGGCUGAACGACAGUGGCGCCGCCCUACAGGUGGUGGUGGGCUGCUACGGCCUCCUGGCCCCCCUCAUCUAUCAUCAGAUCAACUCAGAUCACAUGCUGCAGGUGCUGGUGAAGUGCUUGGCGGUGCUGCAGGAGGUGUGUGGUGUGGUGAAGAGGAAGAGGACGCCCCAGACAGCCGAGUCACUACAGCACAUGGUGGCCUGCAUGACCUACUACGUGGUCAAGGGCCUUCGUCAGCAGAAGGAGACCCGGAUGGCCAACACCAUGAUUGAGCAGUGCAAGAAAUUACUAACGGACAUCAUGGACAAAACAACACAGACAGACGACACCAGGAGGGCAGCAGGUGUUGCUGUUGAGGAGGAGAUGAGUGAUGUCAUCAAGUCUCUGGACAGCAUGAGGGUCAAGAGGCAAGAGAGGCAAGACUCAAUCGCACCUGGCAGAGGUGGAUUUUACGGUGCUACUGACCUGACUGGCCACGAGGAUCUCUCAGUUCUCUACAGCAUCAUCGAAACACACAACACCAGAACAGCAUUCAGAGACGUGAUGCGCUUCAAGCGUAAGCAGGGCUUCCUGGAGUUUGUGGUGGCGGUGCUGCAGAGAGUCAUGCAGGAGCAGCAGCCUGAGCAGCUGACACUAUGGGGACAAGAAGUCCUAUACUGGCUAAACAGACGUGAUGAAGAGCUGGUGCUGAAGAAGGCCCACAUUGCCGCUUUGUUCGAGACCAGAAAACUUCCCUCCUCACCGGGCGUGAAUAAAGUCUCCCAGAGAGUUGUGUCGUCCGACUAUUUCCCCCUUCCCAAAUGCAGAAAUGUGCCGUCUUUGGACUUGGAAGACAUGCAGUCUGUGGAGUGUAAGGCGCUAGACACCCUCCUCCUCCACUUGACACAGCUAAUGCGUCGUCGUCUGCAUCGGCGGCGCUUGCGUGUCCUGUGCAGCGAGGAGUGGGUGUGGCGUUGCCAUGUCAACCUGCUGAUGGCCGACGCCUUCUUCCUGUUGCUGCAGCGCACCCUGCAAACGCAGGGCGGGACCACAGAGCAGAGCUAUAGCCGGUUGCCUGGGUCGCUGUUCUCCCUGGAGCAGUGUGGCACCCUGGUGUAUUGGAGCAGCAUGCAGUACUCAUACCCGCCAGAGGGAGGCGCCCCCACCGCUACUGCCUCUCCCACACACACCCCCACCCCUGCCAACAAGCACACCAAGGCAGCCAAGCACAAGGACAGAUCUCAGGUGUUCAGCAGUAGUGAGGACUCCCAGGGUGAGAGUGAGCUGGAGGUUGAGCAGCAGGAGAGUCGUCAUCGUCUCCAGAGAGUCACCAGCACCCAGCAGUCACCGCUCUCCUCUCCCACCAGACGCAGCACCGACGCACAGUUGGACCUGCUCACCAAGGCUGCCACACACCUGCGCAGAGCUAUGGUGCUAGCCCAUCGCGGUGGCCACUGGUCGUCUCUGCAGCGUGCGUGUGGUGUGCUAUGGGACCAGGUGUGUGUGUUGUCCUCAUAUCGGCCGCGUAGCAACACUGCCCCCUGCUGCCCCGCGCUGGAACAGCUGCACGCUCACCUCACCCCACUGCUGACAGUGGCCUGCGAACUACUCAUGGACAUGAUGCAGAAACAAGAGUUGUGGCAGGUGUAUGAGGGUUGUGACUGGGAGAGUGAGCAUGUGAACGGGCUCCACUUCAGCAGCAGUCUGGACGACACGACACACACGGACCUGCGCUGGCUACGAAGCCUCCUCAUGCACACACUCACACUGCUGCACCACCAGGAGAGAUGGGAGACACUCACACACCUGGCCCUCACCUACAACCACUACACCAGGGAGCGCUAUAGUCAUGUGAUCUCGCCGCUGCUGGUGUAUUCCCAGAGGAGACUGAUGGAGAGAAUCGCAGCCAACGGGGGACCCCCCGCACCCCAACCACACUACACACAGACUGCACAUAUUACUGGACACACCAUCACGAACAGGAACUACGUGGGCUCCCAGGUGAUCCGCGUCUGGAACGUCAAGACCAGAAUCAACAACUCCAAAGCCAGCGCAGACAUCAUGGACGCCCCCCAGACUAAGCGUGCGUUGGGCCUGGUGAGUGUGCCUCUGGAUGUAGAGGACACGCUGGCGUGUUUCCGGGAGGCGCUGGACAGAGGCUCACACACACUCCUCAACGUCACACACAGCCACACACUACUCAUGCUGCUGCUGCUCCUCAACGUCACACACAGCCACACACUACUCAUGCUGCUGCUGGCACACACACAACCCUCUGUGGAGGUUCCCCUGUACGGGGGGAGGGCUGACGGUGUCCACUCCCCAGGCAAGGUGGCCUUCUCUGGGCUGGAGUUGACGGCUCCCUCCCUGGCCCCUCCGGACCUCUCUGCUGAAGACUACAGCGCUCUGUCCUCCGUAUGCGCCUUCCCUCUCCCCCCCACACAGACAGCUACUGUGGUGGCAUCACUUACCGCUACUGCUAGGCAUCUCCAAAGUACAGAGCUGACGUCCCUCAGGGCACAGACGCUGCACGACCUGGGAAACCUGCACCUCUACAAGGGGAACAAAAAGAUGGCCCACUCCUGCUGGGCUAAGGCGCUGGACUGUGCCCUUGGUGGUGUGCGUGUGCUGGAGGUGUGGGACGGGCUGUCGUGGGAGGGCCUCUCCUGCCAGCAGCUGCUGAGGCAUGCAGGGAUAUGGGGCUGCCUGCAGGGGGCGGUAGUCACCGCCAAGAUCGCACAAUACGUACUGACAUCUAAUAUCAGCCAACGCACCAGAUGUUGCUUGCUGUCUGCCUACAUCUUCAAGUCCCUGCUGCAUGCGUCUCUGCCUCACCCCGAGGGCAGCCUGCAGUACUCCUCCUACACCAUAGAGGGCGACCUGGUGCCGGGCCUGCAGCUGUUCGGGGACGCCCAGAGAGCCAGCGUCAGCAGCACCGUAGCCAGCCUACACUUCCUCUGCCACUGGCUAUACACUGCAGGACACCACCUCACGCUGAAGCUCAGUUUUGCCAACAACAAGCCCCUCACUGACCCAGCUAAUAUUCACUGUAUAGAGGAGUUGGUGCGUGUGAGGGAGGCUCCUGAGCUGAGUGAGGUGUACGGGCCGCUUCUGGUCCAGUGGCUGCUUCUGAUCCGCGCUCAGCUGCUACUGGGACUCAGCCAGACCAUACACGACCUCCCAGAACCACUCGCAGAACACACACCACCAAGAGGAGAGGUGCAGGAGGAUUGCGGUCGCCAGUCCACUUCUCCCCGUAACGCCACUGGUGUCCAGACCAGUAAACCCAGCGCUGCACCCAGGACCAGCGGCGCCACAGAGACCCCUAGUGGCCGAUUGGGGGAGGGCAGGAGGGGCGGGUCCCCCAUACCUCCUGGUAGACUCAAGGCGUGGCUCCUGAAGGAGGCGUGUUCUAUGCUGGCUCCUCUGCUGAUGUCAUCACAGCAUGCCCCGCCCACUGACCCAGAGGAGGCGGAGCUACUGGUGGAGGCCGGCCUACUGCUGUCCAGAGCCUACCUGCUACAGGGCCGAGCAGCCCACAGUGCUGACCAGGCAGUGUGUCUGCUGAGGUUCCUGCAGGAGUCUCCUCUCUACCAGACCACUGAAGACAACAACACCUCUCCUGCAACACAGGAUGAGGAGGUGUGUGAGGUGGGUGUGUGUGUUGAGCAUCUCGACUCCCCCAGAGCUGUGGAGGCCAGAGAGAGGAUGGGGCCGUCACUAUGGUUACGCUGCAGACGAGCCGCCAUAGAGAGCCUGGUGGCACACCUGCCCCAAAUAGCCAUCACACCAGGGGUGGACAGUAGUGUGGAGUGUGAGUGUGUGUUGAAGGAGGCGUUACAGGAAGUUGAGGGGUGGGGCUGUGUGGAGACGAAGGCUGCCCUGCUGCUGAUGGGGGUCCGACUGGACACACACCGCGCACAACCCCCCGAGUACAGCGCAGGACUACUACAGGAGUGUGUGUCUCUGCUAUCGGGGCGUACGUGUGUGUCCCUAGAGGGGUGUGUGACGUUGGCCAAAGCUACUCUGCUGCUGAGUGACCUCCGUGGGUCGGGAGCCCACGCCCUUCUCCGCCUCACACAGACACUACUGACGCAGCAGUUGUCGGUGCUGGGUGAGCGUGUGUGUGUGUCUGAGGGGGGUCGUGUGCUGCUGCCUUCAUCUCCAGGACUCCUCAACACACACCAGCCACAGCUCCCUCUACUGGCCACCACCACACUACGCCUGGGUUACUGCUUGCUGCAGGAGUCCAGUAUGAAUGCUGCAGCUCUUCAUGCUGCUGGUCUCCAGCCUUGCCAGUCUAGUGCCACCACCACCACCACCACUGCUGCCCACACUACCCACCCCGCUGCCCAGCCACUAAAGCCCGGCUCUGCCCUCUCCAACCAGUCCAGUUGCCACUCAAACCAGUCUGGUGCCCGCUCGUACCGCUCCGGUUCCCUGUCAGGUCGCUCCGCAGCUGGUACCGGUUCUGCUUCUGCCCGCUCGCACCAGUCCGGGUACCCAAGUGAUGCCCGGCAGUGCCAGGCUGCUCUGGACGUGCUGCAGUCAGCGCUGGUACUGAGCCAGGCCCUCGGCAGCAGACAGCACCACCUAGAGGCAGACAUACUCUACUGCAGGGGGUUAGCUGAGCGGAAUCUCCUGUGCCAUGGGAAGCUGAGCGCCCAUUCGGUGGCCAAGACGUUCCUCUGGAGCAUCAACAUCUGCAUGGAACACUCUCCCAACACACAACAUAUCCAGCGCUGUUACGUGGAGAUGGCAGCUGUGUACCUGCGGCAGUACGAGAGGAAAAUGGCCGACCGUGGGAAGAAUACAUAUCCCAGCAUGCCCGGCGCCAAAGCAUCAACCGGCUCCUCUAAAGCGCCCUCUAAACCCACUCCACCCUCACACACCACACACACCUCAAACCCCCCACACUCCACACACACCUCACACCCCACCGCCAGCACGCCCGAACCCCUCACGACCAGCGCCUCCACUGUCACCGAGCACGCCAAGUCCACGCCAUCCGAGCCCCAAAAAUCUACGCAGUCGGAAGCCCAGAAAUCUACUCCACCCGAGCGCCAGAAUAAAUCUACUCCGCCCGAACGCCAAAAAUCGACUCAAUCGGACCCCCAGAAAUCCACACCGCCCGAAAGGCAGAAAUCGACUCAAUCGGUACCCCAGAAGUCUACUCAGUCCGAAACCCAGAAAUCCACACCGCCCGAACGCCAGAAGUCGACUCAGUCGGACCCCCAUAAAUCGACUCAGUCGGACCCCCAGAAGUCGACUCCGCCCGAGCUGGCCAAGUCCACAACAUCUCAAUCAAGCAUCAACACCUCAAGCACCCAGUCCUCCUCUUCAGCCAAGGCCCCGGCUUCAGACUCUGUUCAGGACCCCAACAGGCCCCUGACUACGGAAGAGACACACCUGCUGUUCACAUGGAUCUGUCUACGAGCAGCCAGAGAGACGGCGGUGGCGGGUGCCAAUCGUGCCCAGCUGAGUGCCAGCCUGGGUUCCCAUGGUGACGACCUGCCCCCCGUGCCACACUCCCAGCUGCCACAUUUUGCCAUCAGCGACCUGCUCAAACCAUGCGGUGGUAUGGACAUUAUGAACAGUGCUGAUCUGCAGGUGUGUGUGGAGGAUGCUGGGGAUCUGGAGGCCUCACCUGGCAACCUCAUCACCUGGCAACACCUGGCUCACUACACCAGCUACCUGACCAGCCUACUGAGCCUCUCAUGCCCAGUGGGUGAGGUGUAUGGAGGCUUGAUGUCGUUGGCGGAGGAUCCGGGUGUGUGUGUGCGUUUGGGGCAGUUGCACUCUUUCCUCCACACACACCUGCCCACGUACAGAGACACCUGCAGCCCACCAAGACCACCCAACCACCUACUGCUCAACCCACAACUACUACAGUCUAAGGAUCCCUUGUCCAGUUCGGAGCCGUACCCCUGCUGCCCCCCCUCCCCCAGAGCUAAGGACGCCCUGCCCAGUUGUGAGCCGUACCCCUGGUGCCCCGCCCCCCCCUCGGACCCCGUCCUGGGCCCCCCCAUCCCAGAGCUGCUCCCCUGGGCCACCGUCGCUCGCCCAGAGCUCACCAUGCUGUGGCACCACCCAACACUGGAGCCAGACGUCAACAAGGGUCAGAUCCUGUUAUACUACGGUGGUCAGAUCCUGUUAUACUACGGUGGUCAGAUCCUGCUGUACUACUGUGUGAACUUGCUGCCCAUCUCCUCUUCCUCCUCCCCCUCACAUGCAGCAGUGGAGGGACUCAGGACCGGGCGACGCACCAUCAGCCUGCACAGGUUGCAGGUGCUGCAUGGUCAGCUGAGUGCUGUGUGUUUGGAAGUGACGGAGGCCAACGCAGACCCCACCAGCACACACCCCACACACACCAAGCACCAGCUGCUGCAGGAGAGGAGUAGACAGUGUUGUGCUGAGAUCAGGAGGCUGCUGAGUCCCAACGCCAAACCCAACUCAGCUACAGAGGUGCCGUGUGAGGGGAGUCUCCAGGCGCUGUGUGAUCUGGAGCGUUGUUUUGACCCGGCUGCUCAGGGGGCCACAGUGGCGGACAAGACACUCAUCAGCUGGCUACUACCAUUACUGGAGGGGGCACACUAACACACACACACACACACACACACACACACACACACACACACACACACACACACACACACACACACACACACACACACACACACACGACAUCUCAUUCCCUUCCCCCCCUUUUGGAGAGGAGUAAUUAAGAUUUACUAGUCCUCAACACACACACACACACACACACACACACACACACACACACACACACACACACACACACACCAGCUGGCUACUGCCUUCUCCCCCUUUUGGAGAGGGGCCAUUAAGAUUUCUCCAACACACACACACACACAUCUUGUCUUCAGGCUUCUCUCGCCCUGUUGUUCUUCAGACGGGAGCAUCUAAGGUCUCUCUUCAGUUCCCCAACACACACACACACUCACACACACACUCACACACACACACACACACACACACACACACACACACACACACACACACACACACACACACACACACUCACACACACACUCACACACACACUAUUAUCUGCUGAGGAGAGGAAGUGAGUAACACUGUUUCCGUCUACUCAUCCCCUCUCCUCUCCUCUCCUCUCCUCUCCAUGCCUGAGCACAUUAAAAAAGGAACUAUUUUGUAUGAACGUCA